AUGCAGCCACUGUCGCCCAUUAUACUUGAUCUUGAUGAUGAUGUUGAUGAUGAUGAUGUGGUGCAGCUUACUGAGCGGAAAAUUCCCAUAUUAGAGCCAGUACCUUUCUCCACUGUCAGCUCACUGGGGACGAUGCCUGUCAUUGAGGUGCAGGUACCAUCAGCAGCAGCAGCAGCAGUUGUGGUCCCACCAGCGAGCAGCGGUCGAGUCAGCAGCAGCAUCAGCAGCAGCAGCGGUCCAGCAGCAGUCCAGCCACCAGCAUCAGCAGGAGCAGCAAUCCCGCCAGACAGCAGCGAUCCCACCAGCCAGCAGCGGUCUAGCCAGCAGCAGCAGCAGCAGCAGCAGCAGUUGUGGUCCGGCCAGCCAGCAGCGGUCCAGCCAGCAGCAACAUCAGCGGUCCCGCCAGCCAGCAGAAGCAGAAGCAGCAGUUGUGGUCUGGCAGGCCAGCAGCAGUCCAACCAGCAGCAGCAGCAAUCCCGCCAGACAGCAGCGAUCCCGCCAGCCAGCAGCGGUCUAGCCAGCAACAGCAGCAGCAGCAGUUGUGGUCUGGCCAGCCAGCAAUGA